ACAGACAUCUGUCACAAUCAGAGUGUAAAAUUUUGUGAUUAAAAACGUAAUUGUAAUUAUUUUUUUAAUAUUCCAAAAUGUCCUACGCAUACUUAUUUAAAUAUAUAAUCAUUGGAGACACAGGUGUGGGUAAAUCAUGUCUGUUACUACAAUUUACCGACAAACGCUUUCAACCGGUUCAUGAUCUAACUAUUGGUGUGGAGUUUGGAGCUCGAAUGAUCACAAUUGAUAGCAAACAAAUCAAGCUACAGAUCUGGGACACAGCUGGACAGGAGGCGUUUAGGUCCAUUACGAGAUCGUAUUACAGAGGAGCUGCAGGCGCACUUCUGGUCUACGAUAUUACUAGAAGGGAAACAUUUAAUCAUCUUACUACAUGGUUAGAUGAUGCAAGGCAACACUCGAAUUCAAAUAUGGUCAUAAUGUUGAUCGGAAACAAAAGUGAUCUAGAAAGUAGGAGAGAAGUUAUGAAAGAAGAAGGUGAUGCUUUUGCCCGUGAACAUGGUCUAGUUUUUAUGGAAACUUCUGCCAAAACAGCUGCUAAUGUUGAGGAAGCUUUUAUUAAUACUGCCAAAGAAAUAUACGAAAAGAUACAAGAAGGUGUUUUCGACAUAAACAAUGAGGCUAAUGGUAUCAAAAUAGGGCCUCAACAUUCCCCUACUAACCCAUCUUUACCUGGAUCAGGAGGUGCAGGAGGCUCACAAGGCUCAGGAUGUUGCUAAAUUAUAACAAAAUUUUUAUCCAAAGGAUCUGUUCUAACUAUAUGAACUAUCCUACUUAAGAAUGUGGUUAAGCGCAGAAAUUUACUAUUCAAAUUCUCGGCCUCUAAAAUCUCUUCUCAAUAUAAUGAAUUUUUAUAUAUUGAAAUAUUUAGUUAUAGGCCUUUAAGACUUUGAGCCAGCCGAGCUUUGAAUAAUAAAAUAUGUUGGUAUUGGGACUAGAUUUUAAAUUAUAACAUUAGGUCAAACUAAUUAAUAUUAUGAAUUAAAUAUUUAUUUUAACAUAUAAUAUUAAUAACAGAAUCUUAUUAAGAAAUGUCAACUAUAUUUCUGCAUUGGGUAGAAUUUUCUAAGUACAUUCUGAUUAAAUAGUAUCAUAUCGUUUCUAUAAUUUGAGAAACGAAACAUUCUUGUAUAUAGAUUGAAAAUUAAAUUAUCUUAAACUAAAUAUCUGUUUACUUGCAAUUUUACACUAGCGAUGAAAAUUACAGUUGUUCUACUGUCAAGUGACAAGCGCGAAAAUAUACAUUUAUUUUGUUACCGCUAUAUAUAGUUAACUACUACAAUAUAUUGCUUAUCGACGGUCGAUAUCGAUUUCAAACAAAUGCCGUCUUUAGUCCGAAGAGAUUAAGCUAUCUUGUAGACUUUUUAACCAAAUACUUAAGUCUUAGAAUACAUUGUGCAAAAUAAUUUAAAGUUCAUAAAGUUUUUCCUUUGUAUAUUUUACUAAUGCAGGUUCCCUUCAGUAUUUUUUCCAGAUUUUUUUUGAGUGAUAAAAUUAUUCAUUUGCAAUGAGUAAUUUUCAGUCACAGGCGCUGAUCCUUGAAAGAGACAUAUUUUCAGUGGGCGAAAUAUCUUUGGAAUCUACAAUAACACAUAAAAUGUUAUAUUGUAUUAGAUGUAAGUCAUAUCUAUUGCUUCAUCAUUCGAUCAUGUGGAACUGAGAAUUAUGGCUCUAUCGGAUUAAGUUAGCUAGUAACGGGAAGCAGUUUUAUCUCACCUGGGUGGAGAAAUUUUGGUUUAUUAAAAAUUAAUGAAUUAAAAUAAUUUCUAUCCUUGUGCGAUCGGUACUCACCGGAGGGACCGCAGACGUUCGGAUACAAUUAGCGUCUCUGACAAUGACGUCGACUUUGCUAAGUAUCAAGACAAUUACUCUACACACAUACUACACUAGGUACCUGACUGUAAAAAUUCACUGUACCAUGCCAAUGACCAUUAGUUGUCGACGCAUUAACUCAAUAAAAAAAAAACGGGAAGCAAUUUAUUACAGUUUCUUAGUCAGCUACAUAAUAUUUAGAUCCACAGUCCAGGUUACAUCCAGUCAUUCAUAUUCUAUUAACAUCACCCUUGCCUUUACAAUCCUUUGUGUAUCUUCAUCUAUUCCAAAUCAGUUUGCACUGCUUCUCUUGGUUUUUUAGUUUGAUACUCCUAAUGUUAUUAGGUAUUCCUUAAAUAUUGAUCUAGCUUGAAGAGACUGUUCUUAUUCUGUAAUUAACUUUUUUUCUCUAAGUCGUGCAUGACUUCAAUCUAAUCAUGUUUUAAAUGAAUUAUUUUUAUUAACCCUGAAAACAUUUUUACAUGUAGAAAUGUUAUAUAGUUACACAUUAAAAAAAUUAAAUUGCAAGCGAGGACAAAGAACGAAUUGGAAUGGGUGUCAGUGGUCGUGUUCUUACGUAUGUAUAAGCUGACAAAAAUUUUGUCCACUGUGGAGAUCGUGUUCAAAUUUAAUAAAAGCUGUGAUGCCACAAGGAACCAGUCCAGAAGAAUAUUAUUCUAUUAGACAUUCAAUAUCCAUAUAUAGUUUUAUGAUAAAUAAAAAUGUCCAAAAACUUUCCUGUCAUGCGAAUACACAGCAAUACCUGUCGUGUACUUACAGUGUUCAGUGUAAUCUCCUCAAGAUUAACAAUAAUAAGGCAUCCUUGUUGAAUUUUAUUAUGGUUUAAAUUAUUAAAACGUUCAUAACCUGUAACUGUUUACCAGAGAAUAUUUAAUAUGACAGGAUAAUCAACUAUUUUAGUUCUCUUCUAAGUCAUUCGAAUUUUUGAGAUUUAAUUCCUUCUAUCAAUAUUUUUAUUGGUCGUUUCCUUUUCCUAAUGUCUCCUAGAUUUGCACAUGACGAUUUUUUCAGGUAUUCACUGAUCCAUCAUUCGCUGCGCGUUAAUGUCAUUUAUUGUAGAAUUUUUCAUCUCAUAUUAUUAAAAUAUAACAAGUAGGAACAUUCCAUUUUACUAAUCAUUAUAUUAUAAAAUCUAAAUUACGAACUCGCCAAAUUAUAGAAUUCUUUUACAGUAUGUCUAUGUGAUUUGGAAUCGUAUAGAAUGUUAUUUAAGUCAUGCUACAUAAAAAACUCCAGCAUGGGAAACCGAUAUGAAAAUAAAGUUUUUACUUCAUUCAAAGAUAUCUUCUUUUUUGUGUAUGGUGCAAAGUAUUCCAAUCACUGCGAAGGGAUUUCUGUGUCCAUAUGUCUUUUAUGAGCUGCUGUUGUGCCAUUAUGGUAUCGUAGCCACUUUAUAUAGUUCAACUGCGAGAUCUAGUCCGGGUGAUUUGUUUCUGUCUUUUUUCUGUAAGGAUUAAUCGAAAAUUUGUAGCUUGUUUUCUGAUACAACUUUUAUCCAUUCACCAACAAAAAUCAAAUCAAAAAUGUGAACAUUAUAACAAAACCUAAUCGUUAUCAAGUUUUAACUUGAACUGAUUUUUUUUAAUGUAAUCUGCAACCUUAUAGAUGUUCUAGAUGUGACUAGACCAGAACUAGACAUGGUUAGGUUGUACAGAAAUACAAAUGCCAUCGGUCCCCAUCUACUAGUAUAUAAAGAAAACGUAUGUACAUAUUUUCUACCUAUGUAUUGCUUCAUCUUUCGAUCCAUACACAGUAAAAAUAAAUAUUAUCGCCGGGGAUAUAGUGUUUUUGGGAUUAACUAAAUAUUACAACAAAUGCAUAUAUGAAAACAGCUUGCAGAACAGAAACUCCUCCCAAAUUUUAUUCUUUUGACUUUGGCGCCUGAUAAAGGAAAUAUUAUUAGUCUCAAGAAUAUCUUAACAUGUUUUUUUAUUUAUGUAUAUUCGUAUUUAUUUGCCAAUGGUGUCUCGUCUAAAUCUUAUUGUUAACUUACUAACAGUUUGUGAUCAUAUCGUAAAGGGCACAAAACUAGGCUAUAACAUUUUAGAGUUUGAGAUAUACUUAAAAAUAACAUUUAGACCAAUAUGAAAAUCUUCUGUUAUUUCUUUAGAACACAAAAUCUUAAAAUAUUGAGGUUUAUUUUAAUAUUCACCAAUCGCUCACCUAAGUUCAGGAGCAUCACAAUAUUUACUGAUUAUGUAAACAAUAAUUCGUACAAUUCUAAUAAGUUUUAUAGACAGCAAAUAUCAAAAUGUGUCUUUGGACGAGCAAGCAUUCUCUACAUCAACUAUUUGGUACACGUAGUUUUACAAAAUUAAAGAAAUAACAAAAUCUAGCACUUAACUUUUUUGAUAAUAUAUCACAAAAAAACUUCUAUCAAACUAUUUUACUAUUUGGACAAAUUUAGAUGAAAUUAGUUUAUAAUCCACUAACAUUUUUAAUUUUAAUAUGCCCUACUAAAAUCGUGACGUUAUAUGAGGUGAUGGAGCUUAUUAGUAUUUCCAAAUAAACUUAAUAAUAUUUAAAAGCUCAAAAAAAGUAUUUUGUUUGAAAUUUCUUCAUGCAAUUGUAUAAAUAAGAUUGUCGACGUCAAUUCUUGUACAACAGUUUUUAAUAGAUUAUGGUGAAGACAUAAGAAGUUUCGUAGAAUCAGAUGCGUGGAAUAUGAAAUUACUCGACACACCUAACAGCAAGUGUCAUUUUUGGCUCUACACCAACAUUUAUUUACAUCGUUUAUUUAUGUCAAUUAAUGUCAUAUUACUAAAAAUGGCAUGCAUGCAAAUGCAAAAAACAUGUUUGGCAAAAAAAUUUUACAUUUACUUCAAUACCUUUAGAGCAUCGUUGGCAAGUCAGUUAAAAACUAAUAGCCUUGGUGUCAAAAAUAUGUUACCAACUUACUCUCUCAUUAUAUGCGUCAAAUCCCAUUAAGUUAAUAAUAAUUUGUGCAUUUUAUCUGAACAAGUUAAGUACGUGGCAACAUUUCCCGUUCUCUGUAUUAUCUACCGUGUUUUUAAAUAACUCUUGGCCACAUGCUUGUUCAUACUGUAUUAUUCUUUUGUUUAUUGUUUAAACUUAAGAUCCCUUGUAAAUAUAAUUCUGGGCAUACUUUUUAUAUGACAAUAUAUACAAAAAAAUUGCUAACGUGGAUCUUUUAUGUAAUUUUAAAAAAGUAUGACUUGAAAAUGGAUUUGGCAAGUAGGUGCAAUGCAGACAAAAUAAGGUGAAGAAUAAACCGAUAAUAAUUUUAGCUAGAGCAACUACCAAUUUUGGUGAAGUUUCGGUGCGCAUGUUUUACAAGUAGCAAUUUUGGGGUCUUAGUUAAGUAAAUCGUCGCGUAAAUAGAACAGAAGUGGGGCUAAUCCGUUUGAACAGCAUAUGACAUCAAUAUUUAGCAGUAAUUAAAGUAUCAUAUCUACUCUAAUAAAUGCUUACCGAUCUUUCAAUCGUUUCACCUGUGCCUGGCGACUCAAGAUAAAAAUGCAACAUUCGCGCAACCUCGUCAUAGUUGGCAACUCAUGAAAAUAUUUAUAUAUAAUAUAUAUAUUGUAUAUACAAGAAUUGAAGCGGGCACUCUUAAUUACAAUAAAUUUAAAAACAUCUAUACUUUAAGGGCUUUUACGUGAUAUUAAUAGUUCAUUCAUAAUAGUGUCUAAGCUUUACUAGGGACAUUUCAAAACUUCAUGAACCUUUGAAAUGCACAUUCCCGAAAAAAAUUAAUCCUAAAAACAUUAACUUUCAUAAUUUCAUAUUGAAUUCAAUAUAAAGUAUUAAGAAACGGCUGUUAGAAGAAAAACAAUACUCCUAACUCUUUUACUAAUGCAAAAACUAGUUUGACCAUGAGAAAACAUUGUAGACAAAUAAACGAUUUCAGUAAUGUCGGGUUUCAUAGUUUCAUUCGUAGAUUGACGUCACCAAAUGGGUGUCAGGUUCAUGAAAUUUUGUAAGACCAAUACCUCAUUUGACAUCAGACGUUAGUAGUCGAUUUCAAUCGAUCUAGGAAUUAAGCCACUGAUUACUAAUUAAUUACUUAUAAAAUGUAUACCCAAUACCGGCAUUAAAGUUAUGUGAUUGUAUGGACGUGUUGUAUAUUUAUAUAAUUUUACAUAUACUUAGCAGUCAAAUAUAAUAUAAUUAUUUUUGUUUUUAUGAAUACAUUAAUAUAUUUAAAUAGUUUUACUUUAUUGGAUUCAUGUUUUUGUUGUACAUUUUAUUUAAGGUGUGUUUUCUAGUGCAAAGAAAUAACAAUAUAUUCUUCAUUAAAAUAUAUUUCUUUUGUGUAAGCUUCUUAUCAAAUACAGCGUUAUUUCCAA